AUGGUCCCCGAGACUAGAGAAUACGAGGCACUCAGAAACCAAAUGAACAAUGCCAUCCUCGACCUCUACCUCUUGGUCAACGGUCCCAAGAACAUCUUCCGAACACAAAACUACCUAGUCGCCGCAUUAGCUGAGAGAGCCGGCAUGGACGAAAACCGCACAGCCCGAUUUCCGAAGAUACUAGCAACACAGAGGAUCUUUGAAGAGGUAUACGGGAAGUUCCGUCAUACCGCUACGUCCGAGUUUCUCAGGACUUCUGUCUGCAGCGCCAUGGCUGAGUUGUCUUAUGAUGUUAUGUUCAAGGCGGCUUCGGAGAUGAACAGGCAUAUUGAUGAAUCACCCUAUUAUACAGGUCUGAAGGAUUUUGAUGAUAGCAACCGAGUUCUACAAAACGCUUUCGACUGGUCAGAGUUACAGAACAAGAAGGUGGUUGACAUCGGAGGUGGGGACGGUCAUGUCAGUAUGGACCUUGCAAGGAAAUACACCAACUUUGAGAUUGUCGUUCAAGACGCCUUUACCCAUGAACUCUCAGCUGCAGAAGCUACCGAAUUCGGAGAUCGGGUGUCGUUCCAGCAAUACGACUACUUCACACCACAGCCCACCCGCGACGCUGGAGCCUAUCUCUUCCGCAGCUGCUUUCAUAACCAUAAUGACGAGGAGUGCACAAAGAUGCUUCAAGCCAUCGUUCCAGUUCUGGUGAACCGAACAGAUGAUCCAAGGCUCUUGAUCAAUGACUGUAUAGUGCCGCAGCGUGCUGAGGGCGGUAUCACUAGGAAAACUUACUCACGGAACAUUGGGCAAAAGUCGGAGAAGAUGGCACCAACACCACCCGCAUUCGAGGAUUUUCACCGCCGCUGCUUGAAGGUAUGCUCGUGGCUCAAUCGACCAGACAGUGCUUCUUGUACCAUCUGCACCGAGGACUACGACCACGUGGAGCAUCGCACCAUCCGCAUCAAAGUCAAAUCACCAACACUCUGUAACCAUGUCUUCUGCGAGACCUGUCCUCAGGAGAUGUUCAGCCGCAGGAGGGUACAAGAUGGCGCUAACAAGUGUCCUCUCUGUCGUGCUGUAUGGUUCAAGGCCGAAUUCGAGAGCCCCGAUGCACAGCGUAGACGAGUGAUGGACUCGGUUGAGACUCCUGCCACCCCACCCGAAGCAGAUUGGCAGACUUUUUUCACGCUUGGUGGCUGGGACUACUAG